CUCCUCCGACGCUGGACUUCACGCCGGAGAACAACGAUCGCUGUUUAUCUCUUAGAGGUCUAAUGGACAAUGGGAAACAAGUGAAAAACGAUAACUAUGCUGCUGAUAUUGCUUCCAUAAGGGAGGCGAGAGUCCGUAUUGCUCCAUAUAUUCAUGAAACUCCAGUGCUUACCUCGAAGUCUUUAGAUUCUAUAGCUUCCAAACGGUUGUAUUUCAAGUGUGAAUGCUUUCAAAAAGGAGGAGCCUUUAAGAUUAGGGGAGCUUCAAAUGCUAUAUUCUCCCUUUCUGAUGAUCAAGCUGCCAAAGGCGUUUUGACACACAACAGUGGUAACCAUGCUGCAGCAGUGGCUUUGGCUGCAAAGCUUCGUGGAAUCCCAGCAUAUGUUGUCAUACCGAAAAAUGCUCCAAAAUGCAAGGUUGAGAAUGUCAGGUGGUAUGGUGGUCAAAUCUUCUGGAGUGAAUCAACGAUCCAAUCAAGAGAGAGUAUUACUGAGAAAGUUCAGCAAGAUACUGGUGCAAUUUUGGUUCAUCCUUUCAACAAUAGAUUCACCAUCAGCCCCGUUGUGUCCAUUACUAUUACUAUGAAGAAAUUGAAAGGAAAGAACUACGCUUUGCGUGCUGCAAUAUGGUUUAUCAAGAGGCAAAAGAGAACUCUUUUUGAAGUUCUUGAGAAGGUGAAAGCCGAUAAAACCAGAAAGUUCAUACCUAAAUUGGAGCACUCUUUCGACGUGCAUGAGUUGAUGAUUCUCGGCUUCAUCUCCUUGCUGUUGACAUUUAGUCAGGACCAGAUCACGAAAAUCUGCGUGCCAAAGGCAGUUGCAGAUUCUAUGCUGCCAUGUCGCCCUGAUGCAGAGUCAACUGGCAGAAAUAAAAGGCGGCUGCUCGCGCUGGUGCUGACGGAGUCACACCUGAAGCGCAGGAUUUUAGCUGCUGGUGAUUCAGUGGUUGAAUGCCCCCCAAUGAGUAGUGCACAGCAACUUCCAAUUCUCUGA